CAAAGAAAACAAGAGAGAAUAAAAGUCAAACCCAAAAAAUAAAAAAUACUAUUGAUUUCUCUUUUCUCCGGCUGGCUGCUAAAUUCUACUACUGUUUUUUUUGUCUCUCUCUUCUCUCUUUCUCCGUCACUCUACGUGUCUCCGAUCUGUCCAUCACUCUAUAUAUAUCUUCCACAUAUACAUAGACAGUAGUUACACACAUACUGUUGCUAUUUCAUGGAGUCGCUUUCGCCGGCGAUCGGACAGAAAGCGAUUUUCCCCUCGACGACUGGUUACACCGAUCAUGAUCUCUUUUUAGAUUCUGUUAAGGUGAGAACUGUACGGAAUUUGAAUAGAGCUUGCCGGAGAUUGAGAAUUCGAGUGCAAGCUGGAAACGGAGUACCGAAAAAUGCUGCCGCCGGCGUCGGCGGCAUCGAUUUUAGUGAUCCUGAUUGGAAGUUAAAGUAUUCUAGAGAAUUUGAAGCUCGUUUUAAUAUUCCUCAUAUGACUGAUGUAUUCCCUGACGCCGUUUCGUAUCCUUCUACUUUUUGUCUAAAAAUGAGGACUCCAAUAACUGAAAAGUUUGCAGAAGGUUAUCCCUCAGAUGAAAAAUGGCAUGGUUACAUUAAUAAUAAUGACAGAGUUCUAUUGAAAGUAAUUAAUUAUUCCUCCCCCACGUCUGCUGGUGCCGAGUGCAUUGAUUCCAAUUGUUCAUGGGUAGAGCAAUGGGUUCACCGUGCUGGUCCUCGAGAGAAAAUAUUUUUCAAGCCAGAAGAGGUGAAAGCAGCGAUUGUAACUUGUGGUGGUCUUUGCCCCGGGCUUAAUGAUGUUAUUCGACAGAUAGUUAUCACCCUUGAGAUAUAUGGAGUGAAGAAAAUUGUGGGAAUACCUUUUGGAUAUCGUGGGUUUUCGGAAAAAGGUUUAGCCGAAAUGCCAUUAUCCAGAAAAGUGGUGCAAAAUGUUCAUCUUUCGGGCGGAAGCUUGCUGGGAGUAUCACGUGGAGGACCUAAAGUUAGUGACAUUGUGGACAGCAUCCAGGAAAGAGGAAUCAACAUGCUCUUUGUGCUGGGUGGAAAUGGUACACAUGCUGGUGCAAAUGCAAUUCAUGAUGAGUGCCGUAAAAGACGUAUAAAGGCAGCUGUAGUUGGUGUGCCAAAAACUAUAGACAACGAUAUUAUGCUUAUGGAUAAGACAUUUGGUUUUGAUACUGCCGUUGAAGAAGCACAGAGAGCCAUUAAUUCUGCUUACAUUGAGGCGCACAGUGCAUAUCGUGGUAUUGGAAUUGUGAAGUUGAUGGGCCGUAGUAGUGGGUUUAUAGCUAUGCAAGCAUCCCUAGCUAGUGGACAAAUAGACAUAUGCUUGAUUCCAGAGGUGCCUUUCAAUCUGCAUGGCCCUCAUGGUGUAUUGAGGCACCUAAAAUAUCUGCUUGAGACCAAGGGAUCAGCUGUGGUCUGUGCAGCAGAGGGAGCUGGACAGGAUUUCCUUGAGAAAACCAAUGCAAAAGAUGCAUCUGGAAAUGCUGUACUUGGAGACAUUGGUGUUUAUUUGCAACAAGAGGUUAAAAAGUACUUUAAGGAGCUCGGACAGACAGCUGAUGUGAAAUACAUAGAUCCUACUUACAUGAUCCGUGCAUGCCGUGCAAAUGCUUCAGAUGGUAUUCUGUGCACCGUACUUGGGCAAAAUGCUGUUCAUGGUGCAUUUGCUGGAUAUAGUGGUAUCACAGUGGGUAUAUGCAAUACUCAUUAUGUCUACUUUCCAAUUCCAGAAGUCAUCUCUAAACCCAGGGUUGUCGACCCUAACAGCCGUAUGUGGCAUCGUUGCUUGACAUCCACAGGCCAGCCUGAUUUUCUUUGAAUCAUAUGAGAAAACUCGCUUUAUGUUCAGAUAUCUAUCAUAAUGUAAAUUAGACGAAGCAGGGAGCCAAAUUGAUGACGUUUACGUAUUUUCCUGUUCCAUUUGUUCAAGAAAUAACACGGAAAAUAGUAUUUUCCAAUUUUUUUGAUGCCAGUUCAGAAGGGCAUAGUUUAUAAAUGAAGCUUUGAUAGAGAGUAAGAGUAGCAUUUUCAUUUGUUCCUCACAUUCUGUAAAGGUUCGCAUAUGGUUAAACAAAUUUUAUUUAACCUUUGUACCAUUUGAGUAUAUCAUCAGUUAUGUUCAUUCAUCUGUAAUUUACAACUUCUCCUAUGGAACUAUUCAAUAAUUUAUGACAUGAGAAAGUUGAAAUUUAUGUCCAUGCAA